GCCGGCAUGUUUGUUCCUUGCGACCGUGCUGGGGGCUCCGCCGACUUCGACUUUACAGGAUUCACUCUGCUCAUGCCAGCAGUGUCAGUUGGAAAUGUUGGUCAGCUGGCAAUAGAUCUAGUGAUUUCUACACUUGACAUGACCAAAAUUGGUUACUUCUACACUGACUGCCUGGUGCCAAUGGUUGGAAAUAAUCCAUAUGCAACAUCAGAGGAAAACUCAAAGGAACUGAGUAUAAAUGCCGAAGUGUAUUCAUUACCUUCCAAGAAGCUUGUAGUUUUGCAGAUCAGAUCACCUUUUAUAAAGAACAAGUACAGGCCAUUCUGUGACAUGCUGCUUUCUUGGGUGAAAAGCAGCCACUGUGCCAGAGUCGUCGUUCUGUCCAGCAGCCAUGCAUACCAGUGUGAUGAUGAGCAGCUCCUUGGGACACCACUACGCUACCUACUUACACCUGAUCUUGAGAAAGCAGUUGGAGACCCUAUACAGGAGCUAAAGUGGAAAGAAAUGGAAAAAGUAGCAGCUUAUCCUGGAGUAAAUGAUACAGAAAAGGUUCUGCAUAUUCCUGGAGGUGGCAUCACAAAACUGUUGUUUACUGAGAGCUGUUCAAAAGGAAUCCAAAUGGCAGUUCUUCUGAAAUUCUGCUCAGAAGGGGAUAACAUCCCUGAUGCAUUUGCUCUUGUGAACUAUCUCAAUGAAUGGCUCCAGCUAAUUAAGAGUGAAAGCAACAAGUCCACAGAUCCUUCUUCACAAUGGAAAGCACCAAGUUCUUGGCGCUUGCUUUUUGGCAGCGGUCUUCCCCCUGCGCUCUUCUGAUCAGAUCCGAACUCUGUAAGUCCCUUGCGAAGGUGAUUCCAUAGUCAUUGCCAAGUAACAGCAACUUACUUUGUCCUGUAGAUAAAUUCUUUGUUUAAGAAAAAUUCCUUUUUACACGUGUGGGUAGCUAAAGAGAUUAAGGUAACUUUCACAAAUUGACCAAAGAAAUAAGUUUUGUACAGUUACUUAUUGAAUAA